GAUUAUCAAAUCCAGUUAAACAAAAACAAUUAUUAGAAACACUUAAAUUAAAAAAUAUAAAUAUAGUUGGAAUAACAGAAACUAAAAUGAGCAAAAAAAGUGCAUCACAUGCAUUGAAAAAUAAUGAUUUUGAGGUGUGGUGGAGUUCAAAUGAUAAAAGUCCAACUAGUUCUGGUGUGGGGCUCAUGAUGAAAAAAUCAAUAUCAAUAUACGUCCAAAAGGUCAAAGAAUCAAAUGGUAGAAUAAUUUAUGCAGAUUUAUUUUUGCCAGGUCACCAAAAAAUUAGAAUUAUAAACGUAUACAUAAAUUCAUCAAUGUCUACAGAAUUGGACAGGAAAGAAAGAUUACAAACUGAAAAUGAAACAAUUUCAAUAAUAGAAGAAGGAAAAAAAAAUAAUUACAGUAAUAUAAUAAUUGGUGAUUUUAAUGCAGAUCCCGAUAAAUUAGAACUAGAUAGAAUGAACAAUAAAAAAAUAGAUAAAAAAUAUCAUCUUAUCAAAUUUUUACAAAAUAAAAAUUAUAUUGACAUUCAUACAAACAUAGAAGAUGACAAAUGUUAUACAUGGAAGAACAAGUAG